UGGAUUUUUGAACCUGACAGCCACAAGGCUUGAAGUCUUCGCCAGGUGAUGGUUCGAAACAUCCCUAAGGCCUGCAGCCGCGAAGCCUUCGUGGAGCUGCUGGUCCCCUGCGGCCUGGGGGACAGGUACACCUUCUUCUACAUGCCCUUUGACAAGCGCCGCAACAUUCACUGCGGCUUCGCCUUCAUCAACUUCAGGGCGCCCUCCGAUGUCCUGGUUCUCUGCGAGCGCAUGACGCCGUCGUUCUGGCGAGCCUACUUGAACCGUGGGCACCUGACCGCCGCCACCAUGCCGGCGGUGAGCUAUGCGCGCCUCCAGGGCCAGGAUCAGUUGACGAAGCACUUCAGCCUCUCGGCGGUGAUGCGCGACAGCGAUGCGCGCAAGCGCCCCGUCUUCUGCUCCAAGACCGGUGGCCAGAAAGUGUUCCUCGAGGAGGAGUUGGAGGAGACCCAUGAGGAUGAGGACAAAUACGCGCCAUGCUACAUCUCCACCACGGGUGUGCAGGAGCUGAAGCUGCAGGACUUGUGCGUCGGGCCGGAGAGCAUCGCCUUUAUGAUGAAGGGCGGAUGUGGUGCCUGAGGUCGUGACCGGCGUUGCGACAGGGCAAUGCAAGACCCGGGCAACGCAAGACUGCAAUAAGAAGAGAAGUUGCGAAGGCGUUCUGAUCGCCGGAGGCUUUGCUGGUGGCGAGUCCCCCGAAAAGUUUC